AGAGUUUUCAAUGCUUUGCGGCCGAUUGGAGAAGCCCUGGUAUAGACCAUGAACCGUGUCCCCCUUCAUCAGCCACAGAGCUGUGGAGCCUGGGAAAUGAAGGAGCGUCUGGGCACGGGAGGCUUUGGGAAUGUCACCAGAUGGCAAAAUAAGGAUACAGAGGAGCAGAUUGCAAUCAAGCAGUGCCGCCAGGAGCUGAGUGAGCGAAACAAAGAGAGAUGGUGUCUGGAGAUCCAAAUCAUGAAGAGGUUGGAUCAUGUCAACGUGGUGGCGGCGAGGGAAGUUCCCGAGGGGAUGCAAAAACUCGUGACUACCAACGACCUGCCGCUGCUGGCCAUGGAAUAUUGCCAAGGAGGAGAUCUGAGAAAGUAUCUGAACCUCUUGGACAACUGCUGCGGAAUGCGCGAGGGCUCCGUUUUGAUUCUCUUGUGCGACAUUUCCUCGGCUCUGACCUAUCUCCACAAGAAGCGGAUCAUCCACCGAGAUUUGAAACCCGAAAACAUUGUGCUGCAGCAGGGAGAGAAGCGGUUAAUCCACAAGAUCAUUGACCUCGGCUACGCUAAGGAACUGGACCAGAGCAGCCUUUGCACCUCCUUUGUGGGAACCCUGCAGUACUUGGCUCCCGAGCUGAUGGAGAAGAAGAAGUACACGGUCGCCGUGGACUACUGGAGCUUCGGGACCUUGGUGUUUGAGUGCAUCACGGGAUUUCGGCCUUUUUUGCCAACCUGGCAACCCGUCCUUUGGCACAAUAAACUGCGACUGAAACAAGACAGCGACAUUGUGGUCUACGAGGACCUCUCCGGGGUGGUCCGCUUCGCCAAACAGCUCCCUCAGCCCAACAACCUCAACAGUCUCCUCGCGGAGAAGCUGGAGAGGUGGCUGCGGCUGAUGCUCAAGUGGUCUCCGCAAGAAAGAGGCAAAGAGCCUGACGCCACGGCCAGCAACUGCUUCUCCCAGCUGGAACCUAUUCUGCAGCUCAAAAUGGUUCAGGUUUUAAACAUGACCACCGCCAAGAUCUUGAGGUACGCCGUCGCAGAUGACGAGACGGUGGCCGAGCUGCAGAAGAGAAUUGCAGACGAAACCAGCAUCCCCGCAGCCCAGCAGGAGUUGCUGCUGGAGGCCGGCUCAGCCUUGGAGCCUCACGGGCCGGCCACGCAGUGCGCCAUCGAUUACACCGAGAUAGAUGGGCGGCGGACAGACUUCCCUCUGGUUUUCUUGUUUGAUCGCUCAUCUUGUAGUUAUGAACCACCGUUGACUCCUCGCCUCCUCCCUGAAAACAUCUGUUUUAUCCAAAAGGAUCCAAAGCACGUUCUGCCUUACAGCCCUCUGAGGAGGACUUGUGGCCAGGCGUGGCACACCAUCCGCUCCCUGAAGGAGGAAUGGCAGAGACUGCAGCAGGGACAGAAAGCAGCCAUCAUGAGCUUGCUGAGACACAACUCAUCCCUGUCCAAGCAGAAGAACGAGAUGGUGUCCAUGCACCAGAGACUCAUGGCCAAGCUGGACUUCUUCAACACCAGCCUUCAUAUAGACAUGGACAAAUACCAGGAGCAGACUGCCACUGGAAUUGCUUCCGACAAACUGCUGGGAGUGUGGAGAGAAAUGGAGCAGACUGCCAGCAGCUGUGGUCAGCCCAAAGUCAGUGACCUUGAGGAGGAGAUGAUGCACCUGCAACAAGACAUUCUGGAUGUUCAGCGUCAGCCGUGGAGGAGCGGCGAGGCUUUGGACACACUUGAAGGAAAGGCCAUGGAAAUGCUGCGCAAGCUGAGAGAGAAACCCAAAGAGCAACGUUGUUCAGGGGAUGGUCAGGAAAUCUCACGUCUGGUGGUACAGGCGGUGCAGUUCUAUGAGAGGAAGCUUCGAGACUUCUAUACACAUCUCAGUAAGACGGGCGUUUGUCGUCAGCGCGUCAUGGAUCUGCUUCCGAAAGUGGAAGGCGUUGUGCAGGAGAUGGCUGAGAGUGAACAAGUCCUGAUGGGUCUGCAGGAGAGGCGCCAAAGGGAACUGUGGAACCUCCUCAAAGUCGCCUGUAGUAAGGUUCGAAGCCCGGUGAGUGGGAGUCCCGAUGGAUGCCGGACACCUUCUUCUGUGCCGCCUCUGACGACCUCCCGACACAGUUUACAGCAGUUGGAUGAGUCUCUGGUGGAGGAGAGCAGGACAUUCGAGAGUCGACUGCAGAGUUUGCUGCAUGACACCAUCCAGGAGACUGAGAGUGGCAUGGAGAUGCUGAGUGAAUGGACAUGGCUGCAAGGGAGCAACAGCUUCUCCAGAGAUCUCUCUUAAGACUUGCUGCCACUGUGUGGAUAUCAGGGCAAAAUACACAUUGAUGCACUCUCCAAGGAGAAGCAU